ACUCAUGAUGCACAAUUUCAAGGCCCCUUCUGCUCUCCCGUCUUCAAGCUCUUUAUCUUUAAACCAGACUUAGACUGGAAAGUGCUUCAAACAGAAGACUACUUCACAUAGAGAACUGUCCCCUGAUAGCCCUUCAAGAGUAGAAGAAUGGCUAGGACGGAAACAAGAACGAGAUACCUGGAGCCUUGGAUGAUUGCGUUGAUUGUCCUAGCGGUGUUUGCAGUCGUAGCCCUUGUUGUCGGCCUGCUGGUUUAUUUUUUGGUAUAUGAUCAGAAGUUGUUCUUUUACAAUGCUUCCUUUAGAAUCAGUAAUGAGCCAUACCAACCGAGUUUGGAAAAACAGACCUCGAAAGAAUUUAGAGACCUGAGCUCCACCAUUGAGACUAUAAUUAAUGAGGCAUUUGAAGGUACUCCGUUGAAGAAAAGGAAGAUCAAAUCGCAAGUCGUAAAUCUACGUGAAGACAACAAUGGCGUGCUUGCAGACGUGGUGCUGGUCUUUAGGUUCAUUGCCUCGGAUAGGAAAGAGGCCCUCUGGAUGAGUGUGAACGAUCUUUUGCUGAGGAGGCUGAGGUUGCCAACAUGGCCCUUGAGGAUUGACCUUUCAUCUUACAAGCUCAGAGAGAUCAAUAAAGCCAACGGUGAACAUCUUAUCAGCAAUUUGGGUUGCGGGACACGAGUGGAAAGAUCCGUGGAGAGAAUCUAUGGAGGAAACAUUGCUGUGGAAGGGGAAUGGCCGUGGCAAGCCAGUCUUCAGCUGAACGGCAUCCAUCGCUGUGGCGCAACACUGAUCGGUGAUAUAUGGCUUUUAACUGCAGCUCACUGCUUUAGAGGAGUGAGGGAUCUCCGUAGCUGGACAGCUAGUUUUGGGGCCCGCUUAAACCCUCCACUACUCAGAAGGAACCUUCGCCAGAUCAUCGUCCAUGAGCAAUACGCCGAGAGCGUCAUGAGACAUGAGUUUGACAUUGCUGUCGUGCAGCUCGCGUACCCAAUUCAGUUUACGGCAGCUGUGCACCGCAUCUGUCUCCCGGAGGCAUCGUAUAUCUUUCCAGAAAACAUCACCUGCUUCGUCACGGGAUAUGGUGCUCUGAGAGAUGAAGGUCCCAGCGUCGGCGAACUUCGCCAAACAGAAGUGAAAAUCAUAGGCAAUGAGAUUUGCAACAGAUGGAACGUGUACAAUGGUGCCAUUUCGGCAGGGAUGCUUUGUGCUGGGUACCUGGAAGGAGGGAGCGAUGCCUGCCAAGGCGACUCCGGUGGUCCUCUGGUUACUCCUGAUUCUAGAGGAAUAUGGUACCUGGUCGGCAUAGUGAGCUGGGGUGAAGAAUGUGCAAAGCCAAACAAGCCUGGAGUCUACACGCGAGUAACUUACUAUCGGGAAUGGAUUGCUGCCCGCACUGGGAUAUGAAGCUGCAAAGGAGGAUUCGCAGGCAAUGUCAGAGCCUGGAAGCCCAAGACAUUUGGACUAUACAUAUAUAUACAUAUGAUGCAUAUAGCUCCAUUGUUUUGGUCCGUUCUGGUUUCAGAGCAGGCCUGGUGCCUCUACUGGAGGCAUCAACACAAUUCCUUGCCAAAUUACGCCAUGCCCACCAGCCUCAUUUUAUUUCACGUUCUUGGUUUUGUUUUGUUUUUUGUUUUUUUUUUUACAAGGAGAGCAAUAGAGUGAGGAAUACAGUUGCAACCAGCAAGAAAUGUUUUGUGUGUGAUUCUUUACGUCG